AGAUUUUCCCAUAGACAGUGGUUGUCGGUGAACGCGUUUUCAAUUAGAAAAGCCGCGUCUCUGUUUUUCCUUGUGUGGCUACGAAUGUAGCAUCAACGCACGAGCCAAUCACAACGUGAAACUUGCCUGCCGUAAAGUGUGGCGUUAGUGUUCAGAAUGAGGAGCUACCUCCUUUACUAAUGGAGGUAUUUGUCAAUUUUAUUAUCGUUUAAGACCAUUGUUGACGAAGACAGCAGCGUAACAGAGCAUUUUCUCUCAGUCAUAAUGACAAAUCCCACCCUGCGCAUCCUGUAUGGGAGCCAGACUGGUACAGCCCAAGACGUAGCCCAAAGGAUUGCACGGCAGGCGCAGAGAAGGCAGCUGCAGGUUCAAGUGUUGUCUCUGGAUAACUACAACGUGGCCAACUUGAUCUCAGAGUCUCUGGUUGUUUUUGUGUGCUCCACCACUGGUCAAGGAGACCCUCCGGACAAUAUGAUGAACUUCUGGAGGUUUCUUUUCAAGAAGACUUUACCUGUUGGCUCUCUGAGUCGUCUGGACUGUGCCAUACUGGGCCUGGGGGACUCCUCCUAUCCAAAGUUCAAUUUUGUGGCGAAGAAGCUUCAUAAGCGCCUUCUGCAGCUGGGUGCCAGUGUGCUGUUGCCUGUCGGGCUGGCAGAUGACCAACAUGACCUGGGGUCAGAUGCUGUGAUUGAUCCGUGGCUCACAUCAUUUUGGGAGAAAGUGUUUGCUCUUUACCCAUCUUUGGUCGAUGUGGUUCCACUGAGGGAAGAUGAACCGCUCCCUCCAUCGUACACUUUCCACUUCUUGGAUGAUGUGAAAGAGAAGACAGAUGACAGGCUGAGGAUUCCCAUGGAGAAAACUGUCCCCUCCCAGUCCCAUCCCUUUUUUUCCAGACUAGUGUCCAACAAGAGAGUAACGGACAUGUCACACUUUCAGGACGUGAGGCACAUCGAGUUUGAUAUCACUGGAUCCAACAUUGAGUUUGUUGCUGGUGACGUGGUGAUGAUGCGUCCUUGUAACACACCAGAGGACGUACAGCAAUUCUGUCAACUCCUGAGAUUAGAUCCAGAGGCCAGGUUCACUCUCAGGGCCACAGACAACACUGCAGUUCCAGCUAGGCUUCCUCAACCCUGCACUGUGCGCCACCUGGUGGAGAGCUACCUGGACAUUGCCGCUGUGCCUCGCCGCUCUUUCUUUGAGCUGCUGUCUACCUUUGCCACCAACGAGCUGGAGCAGGAGAAGCUGGUCGAGUUCAGCUCAGCGGCAGGCCAGGACGAGCUGCACAGCUACUGCAACCGGCCCCGACGCACCGCGCUGGAGGUCUUGGCAGAUUUCCCCCAUACUACAGCAGAACUCAAAGUAGACUAUCUCUUGGAUCUGUUCCCUGAGAUCCAGCCUCGCUCAUUCUCCAUCGCCUCCUCUCUCCAGGCUCACCCACACACGCUUCAAAUCCUGGUAGCUGUGGUUCGUUACAAAACCAAACUGUAUAAACCACGAAGAGGCCUCUGCUCCACCUGGUUAGCCUCUCUGGACCCUGCACAAGGGGAGGUGUAUGUGCCUCUGUGGGUGAAGAAGGGAAGUCUGAAGUUCCCUAAAGAAAAGGACACCCCUGUGAUAAUGGUUGGACCCGGAACAGGAGUGGCCCCCUUCAGGGCGGCUUUACAAGAGAGGAUUGCUGAGGGAAAAAACGCCAACGUCCUGUUCUUCGGCUGUCGCUCGGAAUCCAAAGACUUCUACUUCAGUUCAGAGUGGGAGGAGAUGAUGAAGGCUGGACAUCUGACCCUCUUCACUGCCUUCUCACGAGACCAGGAGGAAAAGGUGUAUGUGCAGCACCGUGUGAGGGAGAACGCCGAGCUGCUGUGGGACCUGAUUGCCAAUAAAAGUGCCUACGUUUACAUCGCUGGCAAUGCCAAACAGAUGCCGACCAGUGUGCGUGACGCUCUGAAAGAGGUCUUCCAGCAGGAGGGAGGCGUGUCCACCGGGGACGCCGAGCAGGUGCUGGCGGCCAUGGAGAGGUCGGGCCAGCUUCAGAGUGAGACCUGGUCCUGAUCACGUGACCUCAGCCCGCUACUCCUCCGAGUUCACCUUUAGCUGCUGCUGCCAUGUUGACUGCAUGAUACAAUCCCUGCUGUGGAAUCGAAGUGCAUUCAUCCAUCAAUCAGCAUCAGCAUAUUCGAACAUGGAAGUUCAUUCUUGAACAUCUCACAUCUCUCAGUCUUUAUUCAGCGAAUGGAGCAGGCACAGAACCGAAGUUCCAUACUUAGGUCAACAGGUGGUUGUAUUGAGGUGCCUCUGAGGCCACGUUCACACUGACUUUAGCCCUGCUUGAAAACAUGCAGGAGGCCAGUCCGGCUGUGCAGCGGGGUUAUGAUGCAGGGGGCUCUGGCAAAAUAACACAGCGUCAUCCGGCAAAGAAGUUGAACCGGGCUCAGUUUGCUGCAACAGCAUCCAGCAAGGCAUUCGUGGUGGGUUACUUUGUAACGUGGACAGAGUACCAAAGAUCCAUCUCCUCUCUUUAUACCAACACCUGUUAUCACGUCACCAGCUAGUAAUAAUAAGUGAACCUUUUAGCUGAGAUUAUUUUGUUACAUACAUCAACAUAGUUUUGUUCAUGAACAAAGUACAACCUUAAAUUUUGUGUUAUCGAACUGACUGAUAACCAAUAAACGCUAUCAGACAUAGUUCUAGCUCUGUCCCACUCUGCCAGACACCAGCAAGCUCCCCGUUUUUCUAGUUAGUUUUCACAACCCAAUAUCCAAUGUAUUCACUGGUUUCCUCUUAAACAUGUUCAAAUCUGUCAAAGCUCAGUCUACAUCUGUUCACAUGAUACACUGUAGAAUAUUUGCUUCAUGUUUGUAUUCAAGUGGCAAUUCCGGGAUAUUAUCAACAUUACUCUUUGUUUUACUUUUGUGAUAAAAGCAUUUGGAUAUUUAUCCAUGACAUUAAAAACAUAAUGUACAGUGGCAGCAGCACAAGGAGAGAUGAGUCUUAAAGUCAGUGAACUGACUCGGUAAAGUUUGCUAACAUUAGCUACUGGUCAUACCAGAACAAGUAUGGCUGUAGCAGCAAAACCCCUCAGUGUUUUGAAGCAAGUUUCAAAAUAAAAUAAAAAUCAUUUCAACAGCUGUAAUUGAAGUUUCAGUGGGCUUUACCAGUCCAUUUGUAUUAAUAAUGCCAAUCUAGAAACUGGGAAACAAAAUCUCACUUUAAAAACUGCACUCUGCUGUUAGUGUGCGGCUUGACCCUAAAAUCCAUUUGACUCCAUUAAUGUGUCCAAAGGGACAUUUCUAAAAGCUAGUAGAGGCAGUAAGUGAGACUGUUGACGUUUAAUGUGUGCAUUAUGAAUGAAGCAGCAGAGUAGCACUAAUGUGCAAAAAUGCAAGUGGAUGUGAAAACUUUCUAAGCAGUAGGUAGGAAGUAUUGGGACUGGUAGGGUUCGGACAGAUAAGACUUUUACAAUACGUCAUUUUAGCCCAUUUUGGUGGAGGCAUGAAGUGGUUCCAGAGGUGGAGCAGGACGUCCAACAACAACACCUUGUAAUAUCAGCUUAGAAAAAUGAAACCUUUCUAUAAAUAAUAUAUUAUAAACUAUACAUUUCCUAAAAGUUUAGAAGCUUGCGGUACAGUUAGUUGUAGCCUCUCCGUAGACUUGAGGAAGCCCAGAGAAACGAGUAAAGAGCAGAUUUGCUUUUCACUACCCUGACCGAUCAAUGGAACUUGCAAAAGUUGUUUUCACUUCAGUAGGAAAUACAUUUAACUGGUUGACAUUUGUUAAAGCAGCAAGUGGGGAUAAAUUGUUAUAUAAAUAACCGUCUCGUAAUGGAUUGUAUAUUGUACAUUUUCACAUACAAUUAAAGGUUAACCUGACCAGACAUUCGUACUGCCCUUACUGAGCACAGUCUGAAUGUGUCACUGGCUUACUGAGACUGCCAAGUAGAAAAUGAAAAUGUUAGAUGUAAUACAUACCAGUGUGAACUAUAUUAUGUAAAAGCGCUGUAGUGGGUGAAUCCUAACUUGAAGAAGCUGGAAACUUGACUUGUUGACAUAUACAGUAUAAUGGACCAAUGUUGCAGCAGUAUGUGUGUGAGAUAUUAUUGUAUAAAAUAUGGCGUAAUAAACCAUCCCACUCUAAAAACUA